ACUUGUUAUUUUAUUACUUAUAAAUGUGACAGUUGACAGCCAAAUGACAUUUGAACGGAAUAUAAAAAAAAUAUUAAUUUUUAAGUAAAUUACAAUUACACCGUGAUAAUAAUUUUUAAUGAGAAGGAGUUUAGCACCUAGUCAACAAACAAAACGUCCUAUUGAGUAUAAUAAUGAUUGCGAAAAUGUUAAAAAAAUAUUUAUACCACCACAAAUGGAAAAGGAAAAACGACGGUCGUGUAAAGAAAACAAACCAAAACCUUCGCCAGCUACACAACAAAUUCAAAUGUCUACAUCAGAACAUGAGGAACACAUUAAGAAAAUAUUAAGCCGACCCUUUAAUUCACCAUGUCCAAAUUAUGUACCAUCUGGUCGUAUAUUAGGAAUGCGAAAAUCAAUGGUACGACGACCAUUACAUGAUCCAGAAAUGCCGAAUGCUUUGGUUUUAUAUUCACCACCCGAACAAUCCAAUCAUGAAAAGCUUAUGGCUGAUCAGAAAAACGUUUUGGUUCAUGUUGUUGUCGAUCCAAUACUUAGCAACAUUCUUCGUCCUCAUCAGCGUGAGGGUGUGAAAUUUAUGUACGAUUGUGUAACCGGUGUACAAAUUCCUGAUACUUAUGGUUGUAUUAUGGCCGAUGAAAUGGGAUUGGGAAAAACACUACAAUGUAUUACUUUAAUGUGGACAUUAUUACGCCAAGGCCCCGAAUGCAAACCUUUAAUCGAUAAAGCGAUUAUUGUAGCACCUAGUUCAUUAGUAAAGAAUUGGUAUAAUGAAAUACAAAAAUGGUUAAAUGGACGAGUCAAUGCCUUAGCUAUGGAUGGAGGUUCUCGAGCUGAAAUCGAACAGAAACUAUCUCAAUACAUGAACACUUAUCGUGGUCGACCGGUUACACCAAUACUUAUCAUUUCGUAUGAAACUUUUCGUUUAUAUACGAAAAUUUUACAUACUAGUGAAAUUGGAUUAGUUUUAUGCGAUGAAGGCCAUCGUUUAAAAAAUUGUGAAAAUCAAACGUACCAAGCAUUAAUGGGUUUAAAGGCCAAACGACGUGUUCUACUUAGUGGUACACCCAUUCAGAAUGAUCUUCUUGAAUAUUUCAGCUUAGUUCAUUUUGUAAAUGAAGGAAUUUUAGGUAGUGCUCAGGAUUUCCGCAAGCAUUUUGAAACACCAAUUCUUAAAGGACAAGAUGCAUGCGCUACAGAUUCUGAGCGUGCAAAAUGUUUGGAACGUUUAACUGAAUUAACUGAAAUCGUGAAUAAAUGUUUAAUUCGACGCACAAGCUCAUUAUUAACAAAAUACUUACCAAUUAAAUUCGAAAUGGUGAUUUGUGUAAAGAUGGCACCUUUACAACAACAAUUAUACAAAUCUUUUGUUAACUCCGAUGCAAUAAAAAAAACUGUUAUUAGCACAAGUACAGGGGAAAAAGCUAGCUUCAGUACAUUAGCAGCAAUCACAACUUUAAAAAAAUUAUGCAAUCAUCCCGAUCUAAUUUACGAUAAGAUUGAGACUAGAUCUGAAGGUUUCGAAAAAGCUUUAGAAUUAUUACCGCCGCAUUAUUCUACAAAGGACGUUUUACCCGAAUUGUCCGGAAAACUAAUGGUAUUGGACUGUUUAUUGGCGAAUAUUAAAAUGAAUACAACUGAUAAAAUUGUACUCGUUUCCAACUACACUCAAACAUUAGAUUUAUUUGAAAAACUUAGCCAUAAAAGAAACUAUUCGUAUGUCAGAUUAGAUGGAACGAUGACUAUUAAAAAACGUGCGAAAGUCGUUGAAAAUUUCAAUAAACCUGAAUCCAAAGAAUUUAUAUUUAUGUUAAGUUCAAAAGCUGGUGGUUGUGGAUUAAAUUUAAUUGGCGCAAAUAGAUUGGUAAUGUUUGAUCCCGAUUGGAACCCAGCAAAUGAUGACCAAGCAAUGGCUAGAGUUUGGCGUGACGGACAAAAGAAACCAUGUUAUAUUUACAGAUUAUUGGCGACAGGAACUAUCGAAGAGAAAAUCUUCCAACGACAAGCGCAUAAAAAGGCAUUAAGUUCGACAGUUGUUGAUAACAACGACGAUUGUGAACGACAUUUUACUCUUUCAGAUUUAAGAGAACUUUUUAAAUUAGAAGAAGAUACGCUCUCUGAUACCCAUAGCAAAUUUAAAUGUACUCGGUGUAUAAAUAAAAUACAAGUAAAAUCUCCUCCGCCUGAUUCAGAUUGUACAUCGGAUUUAUCCAACUGGUACCAUUGUUGGGAUAAAAAGGGUCUUGCAGAUUUGACAAUAAAACAAUGUUGGGAUAUUGCAAAAGUGAUAUCGUUCGUUUUCCAUCAUAGUUCUAGUCAAGUAGAAGUUUCAAAAACAAAACAGGAAGUGGAAAUUACAGAGGAAGUUGAAGAAAAUGACGAUAUAAAUUCUGAUGAUAAUUAUAAAUCUGAUGUAGAUGAGUAA